AUGACGAUAGAUAAACCAGAUGAAACUGCCACUUCUUACGCGUCAGUUCCACAACGCCUGACAAUAGGAUGGAGGAUGAAGGAGAUUUUGAUCUCAGUGAUGAGGACAUUAUUACUGGCACGCGCGGGGGCUUACUGGUUGCAUGCUCUUACGAACAAAAGCUUUGCACUCUGGAAACCUUCUCAAACUUUCAACCUCAUUGAUAUGGAAAAUGUAUACUUCUUGGCGAAAUUCCAAAACGAAAACGACUAUGAAAAAUUCUUGACUGAGGGGCCCUGGAUUAUCUACGGCCAAUACCUCACUGUUCAGUCAUGGACGAGAAAUUUUAGCUCAUCUCGAACUUUUCCUACUACUGUUAUGGCUUGGAUUCGUUUUCCGGGUUUACCGGAAUAUAUGUUUAGCAAAAAAAUUCUAACUUGUAUUAGUAAUCUCAUUGGCAGGGUUUCGAAACUUGAUUGGCGUAAAGAUACGAGUAACUGGAGAUGUUUUGCUCGUGUUGCUGCCUACAUAGAUCUUAAGCAGCCCCUAGUGUCUCGGAUUAUGCGUGGAAACAAAGUUCAGGCUGUGGAGUUCGAAAACCUGCCCCUCAUGUGCUUUUCCUGUGGAAGGUUCGGCCACCUAAAAGAAGCUCAUUAUGGUGAUCCCUCUCGAUAA